AUGUCGUGGUUAAGAUCGGCUGUGCACAAAGCAGUCGAAGUCGGCGGGAAGAAUAACAUCACCCGCACCGUUCGCAAUUACGCCGAUUCCGUCGUCCUUACCGCCGGAAAUGCCGUUUCGGAAGGUGCCAAACUGAUCCAGGAUCGCAUCGGAUCGAGGAAUGUGAAGAGCUUUAGCCUCGCGGUGAAGAGAUUAGAAGAGGUUUCGGUUUCUUCUAGAGGCGGCGAGAGAGUGCAGUUGUUGAGAAGAUGGCUUGUUGCUUUGAGAGAGAUUGAGAGAAUGUCUGAUUCCGAGAAUAUCGAACGCAACAAUCACAAAACGGAUGAUCAGAAUCAACAUAAUUCCGAAGAACCUAAGGAUUCUCCUAAAACAUUCAGCACCGUUUAUUACGUUGAUCCUGGUCUUCCUGGUGAGCCAAUGACUUUCCGCGAUGUUUUUCUUCAUAGUGAGGCGCUUGAAGGGAUGGUAUUAUCAAUGAUUCUGGAAGCACCUAAUGAGGAAGAAGUCCAGCUGCUUAUGGAACUGUUUGGGCUCUGUUUGGCAGGAGAGAAGGAAGUUCAUGAAGCAGUGAUUCAAAAUGUGCAGGACUUAGCGAUGGUGUUUUCGAAAUACAAGGAUGAAGUUCUGGCAAAGCGCGAGGAACUUCUUCAAUAUGUCCAAGGUGCAAUUGCAGGGCUAAAAAUCAGUGCUGAUCUUGCAAGAAUAGAUACUGAAUCCCAUACUCUGAUGGAAAAACUCGAUAAGACGAAGGUCAAGGUUCUCGAGCAAGCUUCAAAUGAAGAUGGCUCAAAAAUGUCUGGAACCACUGCUGCAUCAACAGAGGCUCUCCGGGAAAUUCUUGAGCAAGUUCGAACAUUUUCAAAGCUAGAAGCGCUCUUGAUCAGGAAAAAAUCAUUACGUAAUGGUGAUUCCCUUCAACUCCAUAGUGCGAAGGUCGAUAAACUCAAAGUUUUGUCGGAAUCUUUACUCAAUUCUACCUCUAAAGCCGAAAAGCGAAUUGUGGAUCAUAGAAGCCAAAAAGAAGAAGCUCUUAGCUACCGAGUUUCUAAAACAAAUGAAGUUGGCCAGCUGGAGAAGGAUGUAGAGGCAGAAUUAAAAAAACUUGAGGAUUCGAAGGAUGAUCUUGAAGCUGAGCUGAAAAGGGUAAACACCUCAAUAACAUCUGCACGGGCUCGCCUGCGCAAUGCCAGAGAAGAAAGAGAGCAGUUUGAUAAUGCAAGUAAUGAAAUUCUUAUGCACCUGAAGUCAAAGGAAGAAGAGCUUACGCGUUCAAUAUGUUCAUGCCGAGUAGAGGCAGAUGUUGUAAAUAAGUGGAUCAAAUUCUUGGAAGAUACUUGGACUCUCCAGUCUAAAUUUUCUCAACAAAAGGAAAGACAAGUGAGUGGUGAGAUGGAGAGAUAUAGUGACCAUUUCAUCGACUUGAUUGUUCAACUCCUCUCUUCCUACAAGGAACAGUUGGAUCCUUUUAUACCCAAGAUCCGAAGAGUCGUGGAAAUUUUGGAACCAAGCAAAAGGUUAGAUGCAGAAAAAAUCACAGAUGAUAAGGAUACAAAGCCAAUCGACUCUAGAAAACAGCUUGAGAAGGAGUAUCUUGACCUCGAAGCUAAGUUUGUAACAACAUUAAGUGUGGUGGAUGCUAUGAAAAAGCCAUUCUAUUCACAGACUGAAGGUAUCACCAGGAAAGACGAUAAAAGAGUGAAAGAACUAUUUGAGGCAUUGGACAAAACAAGAGCAGAGUUUGAAUCUAUCGAACGCCCGGUCCUAGAUAUCGAGUCUCCUUCAAGAACCUCUUCUUCUUCACGCUCACCGUCCCUGAAAAUGACUCACGAGACUCCACUUUCUGAUACAGUACUACUGAAACCAUCUGGUGCUGAUGAUGGUUCCUCAGAGAGUAAAAAAGCGUCUUCAGGGAAGGAAGACCCGGCGAAGAAACAUCUCGAGUUGGAACUAGACGACGGAGACGAUUUCCUGGCAGAUGAAAUCAGUGACUGGGAAUUCGACGCUCUUGAUGACACACUUACCUCAAAAACCCAAUAG